AUGAGCACAAGUCAGAGUUUUCUCUCGUCCGACUCGAUUCCGUCAUACAUCAAAUUUGAAUGUCCGACCCAAAACACUGAGAAAGAAAAUUACUCGCACCAGUGUUGGGAGAACGACUCGUCGUCGACUUUAGCAAAUCCCGUCAGUCCGGAGUAUAUAGUGUUUCCAAUCGACGACGCCGACUUCACUCUGCGUAACGACACAAAGACUUUACGUGACACAGAAGACUGGAUCAUUCAUCUCCAAAUGACUGACAAGAAAAAGGACAAACUGACGCGCUUGACGGGGCGCCGAAAUUCGAUCGAGAAGAUAUCGCCCUUCCUUAUCUCGGAAACAUCAGAACAAGCAAAAGCAAAUGGAAGUCUUGUGCUCAAGAGUGAUACCAUUAAACAGAAAACAGGGGAACGCCCCGACCCCUGUUUCCUUCGUAAAGUCCGUCGGAGUGGCAAUCGAUACGACCACGUCAGAAUCGAUAAAAUGCGAAAGAUUUUUGGGCGUCGAGAUUCAAUCGUCGUGAUCAGUAAUUUGGUCGUCGCAUCGACUUCACAGGAGGCGAUGCAAAACGCUAUUAAAAUCAGAAGAGUCGAAAAGCUCAAAAAACUCGCUGGGUUGUAA